UUGGUCUGAAAAAAUAAAUAAAUAAGUCCUACAAAAAUGGUAAGAGCUCCUUAUUUUGAUGAAAAUGGAACAAAGAAAGGUGCAUGGAGUGAAGAAGAGGAUCAAAUGCUUAUUGCUCACGUUCAGAGACAUGGUCAUGCUAAUUGGCGUCAACUUCCCAAAGUUGCAGGUUUAGCCAGAUGUGGAAAGAGUUGUCGGUUGCGUUGGCUGAAUUACCUGCGCCCAAAUCUAAAACGAGGGAGCUAUACACAGAAUGAGGAACAAAUGAUCAUGGAGUUGCAUAAAAAGCAUGGGAAUAGAUGGUCUCGUAUAGCUGAAAGUUUACCUGGAAGAUCAGACAACGAGAUAAAGAAUUUCUGGCACAGCCACCUAAAGAAAUUCUCAAGGAGCAAUGAGAGCAAGAUUACUCAAGAGAUUGAAAGGACAAAAAGUUUGGAAAGUUCAUAUUCAAUGUCUUACACGGCUACUAAAGCCAGUUCCGCUUCAAUUUCAUCUAGUCAUGUGGAAUCAAACAUGGACUUGUAUAGAAUAGAAAAUGAUGUUGCUUCUUGGGAAACAUGGGAUGGAUUCACCAACAAUUUUUGGACUGAACCUUUUGUUUAUGAUAACACAAUCAAUCAGGAUUACUUUCCCAUUUCAUAUUGUGGAGUAGAGCUAGAGGAUCCAUAUUUUAUAUAGUGUAAUAUAUAUUUUAGUAUAAUACCAUGGUUAUCACAAUAUAUAAGUUCUAGUCCCCUAGUAUUCAGGAUAUAUUGCAUAUUGUUUCUUCUCCCCCAUCAAAAGACCUAAGGCAUGAGGAAUUCGAGG